UCUCCCUGCCCCGCCUUCUGUUGUUUCCUGGUUCUUCUUCAGGAAAGCCGCUUAGAUCCAGGCAUUGCAUCUUCCUCUCGACCCACCUCCCUCCCCGGGCGCAAAAAUGCAUCGCCGGGGGGUGGGGGCUGGUGCCAUCGCCAAAAAGAAGCUGGCAGAGGCCAAAUACAAGGAACGUGGGACAGUUUUGGCGGAAGACCAAUUAGCCCAGAUGUCCAAGCAACUAGACACAUUUAAAACUAACCUUGAAGAGUUUGCCAGCAAACACAAACAAGAGAUCCGUAAAAACCCCCAGUUCAGGGUCCAGUUCCAGGACAUGUGUGCAACCAUCGGUGUUGAUCCACUCGCCUCUGGUAAAGGCUUCUGGUCUGAAAUGCUGGGGGUUGGAGACUUCUACUAUGAGCUAGGUGUCCAGAUUAUUGAGGUCUGUCUGGCUCUGAAGCACAGAAAUGGAGGGUUAAUAACGUUAGAGGAACUCCACCAACAAGUGCUUAAGGGAAGAGGAAAAUUCGCUCAAGACGUCAGCCAGGACGACCUCAUCCGAGCAAUUAAGAAGCUGAAAGUUCUAGGAAAUGGCUUUGGGAUCCUCCCUGUUGGUGGAACAUACCUGAUCCAGUCCGUGCCGGCUGAACUGAACAUGGACCAUACAGUUGUGAUACAGCUUGCUGAGAAAAAAGGGUAUGUAACCAUCAGUGAAAUCAAGUCCAGUUUAAAGUGGGAGACGGAGCGAGCCAAGCAGGUGCUGGAUCAUUUGCUGAAAGAAGGAAUGGCCUGGCUCGAUACCCAAGCUUCAGCAGAACCACAGUACUGGCUACCAGCCCUCUUCACAGAGCUUUACUCUCAAGAAAUCACUCCAGAAGAAGCAAAGGAAGCUUUACCAUGACACCCCAGGAAAGGAGACUGACUUCUCUGAACUUCUUGAAGAUAAAUGGAGUGGCAGCACUAUUGCUGUUUGAUGAUCAAGUUGAAUUAUGUUUAAAAUAAAUAAGGCUGAUAAGAAAA